AUUUCACAAAUAAGACCAGUGUAAGCAAAUAAUGAAGGAUAGAAUUAAAAGGGAGAGAAUGAUCCUGUAGGGGAAACAGGACACACAGCAGACUCAUAGAAUGGCAGCACUCCUGCCUCAGGAUCAACCCUUGGGACAUUCGGAUCUGGCUAAAAGGUCCAUGAGAGUCUCACAGGCAUGGAAAGCCAUGACAUGGUGGCAAAAAAAAACAAUCUAAAUAAAAGAUCCUGGUGAAUAAGACCCCAGCAGAAGGAGCAGGCCAUCAAGGAGAGAGGCGCCUUUCUCUGGAGGGAGGAAGGAACCUCCACUGUGAUAUGGCCUUGACUAAACAAGUUCAGAGUCGGUGAACUCAAGGGGCUUCCAUAGCCUAGACAGCUCAUAGCAAGAGUCUCGGUGAUUGCUGAUGUCAUAAAUAAGAGUGCCAAUUGUUAAAUCAACAACGGGAGUCACUGGGUACAUGGUCCCCACGUAGGAUCUCUGUCCUUAAUGUGUUUUACUAUGAAACUUAAACACAACACUACUAGUCGAACAAUACCCUAUACCUUGUGCGGUUGUGUGAAUGCAGCCUGUUGAAAUCCUUGCUUAGUAUAUACUAAGUUGAUCUUCAGUAUAUGAAGGGAAAAGGACUUGGAGGCCAAGUUCAUUAUUCAAAUGGAGAAAAGCAAGACAACAAUCACAAACUUAAAGAUACCAGAAGGAGGAACUGGGGACUCAGGAAGAGAACGGACGAAGACCUUCACGUAUGACUUUUCUUUUUAUUCUGCGGAUACGAAAAGUCCAGAUUACGUUUCACAAGAAAUGGUUUUCCAAACCCUGGGCACAGACGUUGUGAAAUCUGCAUUUGAAGGUUACAAUGCGUGUGUCUUUGCAUACGGGCAAACUGGAUCUGGGAAGUCCUACACCAUGAUGGGGAGCUCGGGGGACUCCGGCUUGAUACCUCGCAUCUGUGAAGGGCUCUUCAGUCGCAUAAAUGAAACCACCAGAUGGGAUGAGGCAUCCUUCCGAACAGAAGUCAGCUAUUUAGAAAUUUACAAUGAACGGGUGAGAGAUCUGCUUAGGCGGAAGUCGUCUAAGACCUUCAAUUUAAGAGUCCGUGAGCAUCCCAAAGAAGGACCUUACGUAGAAGAUUUAUCCAAACACUUGGUACAGAAUUACAGUGAUGUGGAAGAACUUAUGGAUGCAGGAAAUAUCAAUCGGACCACGGCCGCAACUGGCAUGAAUGAUGUCAGCAGUAGGUCUCAUGCCAUCUUCACCAUCAAGUUCACUCAGGCAAAAUUUGAUUCUGAAAUGCCAUGUGAAACCGUGAGCAAGAUCCACUUAGUCGAUCUUGCCGGAAGUGAGCGUGCGGAUGCCACCGGUGCCACCGGGGUUAGGCUGAAGGAAGGGGGAAACAUUAACAAGUCUCUGGUGACCUUGGGAAACGUCAUUUCUGCCUUAGCUGAUUUAUCUCAGGAUGCAGCAAACCCUCUUGUAAAGAAGAAGCAGGUUUUUGUGCCUUACAGGGAUUCUGUUUUGACUUGGUUGUUAAAAGAUAGCCUUGGAGGAAACUCUAAAACCAUCAUGAUUGCCACCAUUUCACCUGCUGAUGUCAAUUACGGAGAAACCCUAAGUACUCUUCGCUAUGCAAAUAGAGCCAAAAACAUCAUCAACAAGCCUACCAUUAAUGAGGACGCCAACGUCAAACUCAUCCGUGAACUGAGAGCUGAAAUAGCCAGGCUGAAGAUGCUGCUUGCGCAAGGGAAUCAGAUCGCCCUCUUGGACUCCCCCACAGCUUUAAGUAUGGAAGAAAAACUUCAGCAAAAUGAAGCCAGAGUCCAAGAGUUGACCAAGGAAUGGACAAACAAGUGGAAUGAAACCCAGAAUAUUUUGAAAGAACAAACCCUCGCCCUUAGGAAAGAAGGGAUUGGAGUGGUUCUGGAUUCUGAACUCCCACAUUUGAUUGGCAUUGAUGAUGACCUUCUGAGUACUGGAAUCAUCUUAUAUCAUUUGAAGGAAGGUCAGACGUAUGUUGGUAGAGAAGAUGCUGCAACAGAGCAAGAUAUUGUUCUUCAUGGCCUUGACUUGGAGAGUGAGCACUGCAUCUUUGAGAAUGUUGGAGGCACCGUGACUCUGAUCCCCCUGAGUGGGUCUCAGUGCUCUGUAAAUGGUGUUCAGAUCAUGGAGGCCACACACCUAAACCAAGGUGCCGUGAUACUCUUGGGCAGAACCAAUAUGUUUCGGUUUAACCAUCCAAAGGAAGCCGCCAAGCUCAGGGAAAAAAGGAAGAGUGGCCUUCUGUCCUCCUUCAGCUUGUCCAUGACCGACCUCUCGAAGUCCUGCGAGAACCUGUCUGCGGUCAUGUUGUAUAACCCCGGUCUUUUCCCUAUAAAAGGACCCAUCUGUCUAAGACUUGAAUUUGAGAGGCAACAACGUGAGGAGCUUGAGAAAUUGGAAAGUAAAAGGAAACUCAUACAAGAAAUGGAAGAGAAGCAGAAAUCGGACAAGGCCGAGCUGGAGCGGAUGCAGCAGGAGGUGGAGACCCAGCGCAAGGAGACAGAAAUCGUGCAGCGUCAGAUUCGCAAGCAGGAGGAGAGCCUCAAGCGCCGCAGCUUCCACAUCGAGAACAAGCUGAAGGACUUGCUUGCCGAGAAGGAAAAGUUUGAGGAGGAGAGGCUCAGGGAGCAGCAGGAGAUCGAGCUGCAGAAGAAGAAGCAGGAGGAAGAGAGCUUUCUUCGCGUCAGGGAGGAGCUGCAGCGGCUCCGCGCGCUCAACAACAGCGACAAGGCUGAGAAGCUUCAGAUAUUUCAAGAGCUGGACCAGCUGCAGAGGGCCAAAGAUGAGCAGUGUGCCAAGCUGGCACUGGAAAAGAGGAGGCUGGAGGAGCAGGAAAGGGAGCAGACCUUGCUCGUGGCCCACCUCGAAGAGCAGCUGCGAGAGAAGCAGGAGAUGACCCAGCUGCUGCGGUGGGGGGAGGUGCAGCGGGUGGAGGAGGAGAGGAGAGACCUGGAAGGCAUCCGGGAGGCCCUGCUGCGUGUGAGGGAGGCCCGGGCCGGAGGGGAGGUCGACAGCGAGGAGUUGGAGAGGGCCCAGCUGCAGUUCUUAGACUUCAAGCGAAGGCAGCUCGUCAGGCUGGCGAACUUGGAGAAAGACCUGGUUCAGCAGAAAGACCUCCUGGAAAAAGAAGUUGAACAGGAACAGGAAACCCUGGGGCAUUUCAGACGUGAAAACGAUGAAGAAGCCAGGUUGUUGGCUAAAAGCGACGAGAGUGUCUCCAAUGUCGCCCAUGCGACCCAAGAUGCAGAGAAAAUGAAGCCAGUGGAGAGCAAUCUGCAAUAUAAAGAACGCCAGCUCCAGUACCUCCUGCAAAAUCACCUGCCAACGCUGCUGGAUGAAAAGCAGAGAGUGUUCGAGAUCCUCGACAGAGGCGCGCUCGGCCUGGACAACACUCUUUAUCAAGUCGAAAAAGAGAUGGAAGAAAAAGAAGAGCAGCUCGCUCAGUACCAAGCUAGCGCAAGCCAGCUGCAGAGGCUGCAAGCCACCUUUGAGUUCACGGCCAAUGUCGCACGUCAGGAGGAGAAAGUGAGGAGAAAGGAGAAGGAGAUUCUUGAGUCCCGGGAGAAGCAGCAGAGAGAGGCGCUGGAGCAGGCCGUGGCCCAGCUAGAGAGGAGGCACUCAGCCCUGCAGAGGCGCUCCACGCUGGGCGUGGACAUCCAAGAGCAGAGGCAGAAACUGGCCGCUCUGCACGGCAGCACUGAGCAGUCAGGGCUCCAUAGCAGCCUGCAGGCCGAGCACGAGGCCCUGGAGAAGGACCGGGAGAGGUUAGAACACGAAAUCCAGGCGCUGAAGGAAAAGAUCUGUGAGGGCGAUGGUACUCAAAGAGGUCCUCUUGGGAGGCUGGAGGGGAAGGCUGCUUCUGCCAGCUUGCUGUCCAGUGCUGAGAAACCGCACCUGGUACCCCUGAUGGAUGCCAGGAUCAGUGCUUAUAUUGAAGAAGAAGUUCAGAGGCGUCUUCAGGAUCUGCACCGUGGGCUAGGUGAUGACAGCAGUGCCUCUGCAGAUAUGAGGAAGAAUAAUGAGAAACUUCACAAUGGCACCAUUCAACGUAAGCUAAAAUAUGAGAAAAAACAGUCUCGGCUGGCACGGUGUCUUGCCCCACUUCUGUCCAAAGACACCACUGAUACCUCCCACGUCCUUAGAGAAGCGAGGCAGGAGGUGGACCCGGACCACUGCUGGAGUUGUCCUGUGAACCAGAGCAUCUCAGACCCUAAAACUUCCUCCUCAGCAUCACAAAAGACAGCCUGGCAGUCCAGAGAUCUGCCCCCUGUUCCUGGGGUGCCUCAGCACCAGGCUUGCAAAUAUCACCCUCCUGAGCCUGCUGGCCAUUGUGAACACAAGUGUUUUCAUGGGUCUCCACUCUCUGUUCUUGACGAAAGCAACACCAGUGCUGCUGCAGACGUUCAAGGUAAGGCAGCCAAUUCCAGCCAAGUGCUAUCUGAUACAGAUGAACACGGCUCGGGAGCUGAGUCCACCUGGACUUUGCUGCACCAUACGUCCCAGGAGGUGUCUCUGAAUGGUGGAAGCAAGCAGGCCCGACAGAGCAAAGUGUUGUGCUUUGUUCUCGCGGAGAGCGUUUCUCAAGAGGAGGUCGCAUCCGCCGGUGCUCCUUGGAGUGCACCGGCCUCCGGCUUUUGUAGUGAGCAGCAGGAUGAGAAAGAGUUGGCUGCUAAAAAGAUCAGCUCUUCUGAGUCACUGCUAAGUAUCAGGACGGAAGGAAACUAUGGACUGGGAUACUUUUACCACAAGUUCUCAGAUCUUUAUAAAGAUACCAGCCAUCAGCUGCUGCAGGCUGGCACGAGGGUGGUGGACCAGGCCAGGCACGUGGGCAGCCUGUGUGACCCGAGUGGACUCACUUCCCACGUGACAACAUUCAUCAGGAACCUGCCGAUUCUGAAGCACUUACCCCUGGAUGUGCCCUUUAAGUCCCACGUGGUGGUAUCGGGAUCUGAUUCCUUCCCUGAAGCUCAGGUUGGCAGCAGCCACCAGGAAGAGGCAGGGAGCAUGAGGCAGGCGGAGACCGGUGUGCCGUGCCCAGCGUUUGUAGCGUCGGGAUCGCCAGGGGGCUCACCAAGCUCGGUUUUCCGCCUUGAACGUGAAGGUGCUAGGAAGGGUUCUGCCCUGAAGCAGACCCUUGUGCAAUUCCCAGACCAAAUGCUGCACCUUCAAGAGCGCCCUCUAACGGACUUUCUCCAACACAUGUCUUGUUCGCUACCAGAACCUUUGGGCGACGUGAGCGAAGCCGAAGGCGUUUACUGGCUUGCCGUUGCUAACUGCACAGAGCCCGACCCCCAGCCCGCAUGCCUGCUCCUGCUGCGGUCAGCCCUGAUGGCUCUGGUUCUGUCAGACAGUCACCCAGGCUCAAUGACCCUUUUUCACACUCUUCCUUUCUCCGGAUUACGGGAGAUUCAAGUCGGCUUCGGUGGACAGAGUGUCCGGUUCCUAGGCUCCACAGCGGAUCUCCUGCUCACCGUGUUCAGUUACAACAAAAACCUCUCGCAGCAGCUGUGCCGUGACCUCGUCCGUGUCCUAACGCCAGAGUCUGAAGCCGCUGUCUGCGCCAAUCACCCUUUGCUCCAGCAGGAUCUGGUGCAGCUCUCGCUUGAUUGGAAAGCAGAAAUCCCUGAUUUAGUUUUGGCAAGCGGAGUAGGGUUGUCGUCCAGAUUCCAGACUGCCAUGGUUGACAUGAUUUACUUUCUUCACGGAAACAUGGAAGGCAGCAUCCCCUCCCUGGCGGAGCUGCAGUUACUGCUCUACACGACCGUCCGGGUGGAGGGGCAGCCCGGCCCCGGCUGCAGCUCGCUGCUCCUCCUCAACACCCACAUCGCGCUCGUGCGUGCAGAUGGCGUCUUCCACCCGCACACCCCGUCGCUAGGCACGCCUCCCUCCCGCGCACAGUUUGAUGUGAUCGCAUGCCGUGCGCUGGGUGAGUUCCGGUGCGCUGUGGUCCCGGAGAAGAAAACUGUCUCCACAGUAGAACUUAUCUUCUCACAAAGAGGCAGGCUUGCAUCAGAUUCAAAAAAGAGUCCAGAGGCCCCGCACGUUCCGCCGGAGCCUCGGGGUAGUCAGGCUGGGGCCCCUGAGGUCUGGAAACUGACGUUCAAUUCUGAAGAUGAGGCUCUGUGGCUAAUCUCCCAUUUGACAAGAUCCUAGGGAGGAGACUUUUAGAGAUGCGCUACAUAUUUUUUGAGAACUUUAAUAAAAAACAUGAAGACAGUCAAGGAAAUAGGAAUAUAUCAGUUUGAUUAAUUAAAUUGGAACUGGAAAAUUGCAGACUUCUAAAAUUGAUAAUGUAAAUAUUUUAAAUACAGCAAAAAGAAAAUAGUAGCUGGUAGCAGAGAACUGAUAAGGUAUAUUUAUCACCACCUUGCUUUAUUUUCUUGAAACCUGGGCUUGUAACUUUGGAUCAGACUCAGUAUUUGGGAGGUGAUUAAAGCAUUUCUGACCGCUUGGCUUC